AUGCCAUCACUGUUCCCUUCACCUUUUCCCAACCUCCCCGAUUUCAAUUCUCUACUCGUUCUGGGUCCAUAUCAUGCAUCAGCAUCCAUUUAUCUUGCUCUUUCACUUCUUUCAGACCACGAGGGAGAACCAAUAAUUCUUUCGCCGUCUAGGUCCACACUUCUACAAGCAUUACAAAUGUUCAACGACAGCUGGCUGGCCACCAACUCUGGAACUGGUAAAAUAUCUGAAAGGCUGGCCAAGAUUACCAUGUUGUAA